AUGGAGCUACAGGUGGUGGUGGAGCUGGUCGGUACAAUUGCCAGAGUGUUCUCUCAUAUUCCCUACGCCGUUGUUGGGCUUGCUGCCAUGGUGUGCCACGGCCUGCCUGGCGCAAAGCCAAGCAGGAUCGUCCUCGCCUGUCCUGGACAUGCCAAAGACGUGGUCCGAGGCUGGGCCAUCGCCCAGGGCCUGCGAUCCGGACACGCCCCCAACCUCUUCAGCGUCAUGUCUUCCGACGGCAAGAUGCGCGUGGUGGAGAUUGGCUACAUUGAAUGUGGGUUUGAAGCACUGGCAAUCACUCACAUGGGCGCUGACCAGGCCAAGGUACUGUCGCUUGCGACGAUUGCGAAUCUGAUCGCCACAGCGUACGUGCGCGAGCUCACCAUUGCCACGAUCAACCACCACCGCCAGGACACCCACGCCAACGACUUGCGCUGGGUGCUGUGCGCCAUGAUUGAGCGUGGAGAGCGACUGAGCUAUCCGCUUGUGGGCUCAGUCAUGACCCUUGAGUUCUGGGUGCCCUUUACGACGGCUUACCCUGACACAGUAGGCCUUUUUGCCGAUGCUGGCCUGGCUGCGGAGGUUGAUCCCGAUGAGGGUUUUGCUCUGGAAGAAGACUUCACCCUCAACUGCAACGACUCCGAGACCUCGUCGCGCUGGUCGUGCGAAGGUACUCUGGGGUUUCAUUGA